AUGUCUAAUACACCUCAAGAAAAGACUUCUGCUACUCUACCACCACCAGAACAAAUCUCACUUGAAGCUACUUUGUCACCAACAGAACAAACUUCAACAAAUUCAAAUAAAAAUGAUGAGAAAAAAAAC